GAAGAGUGUGAGAUAGUCUCUCUAUCUUCACCCUCCAUGAAACUCAAAACCCUAUUCUUAAACCUUAUCACACACGCUCUUUAUCGUCUUUUACGGUAUCUCUCCCGAGCCAAAUCCAUUCUUAUCGAGAUAUCUAAACACAACAAGAAGAGGUUGUUCAUGAUGAUGUUUUAUUCAACAAAGUCAUCCAUCAAUCAACACAACAUCUUCUUCGGAUCCUCCAAUGUAGUCCCUGACCCUGAACCUUUCCCUUUAUCUCUUCAUGGUCAUGAAGAUGAAGAAGAUAAUCAUGAGUCUCAGUACCUCGAGUGGCUAGAAGGGAGGGUCGAUGAAAACAUUAACAUUAAUGGGGUUGAGGAGGUAGAUAUUGGUACUGAUGAUAUUAAUCAUUUGGCAGAUAUGUUCAUCGCGAGGUGUCAUGAGAAGUUCUUGCUGGAGAAGGUUGAGUCUUACAGGAGAUUCCAAGACAUGCUUGCGAGGAGUUUGUGAGAAUUGGAAAUAAGAGCGACGACAAAGAGUUUGUUUUUAUUUUGUUUCACAAGUAAUUCUUGUUUGAAGGAUAUGUCUUAGUUUGCGAAAUGUUUAUCUUGAUUCA